GUUUGUGUGAUUCACUCAGUGUAAAUAACCAUAACCAGAUGUAGCAUCUGAUUUCCCAUUUUCAACUGAACCAACUAAUAAGGAAGAUAUUCAUUUUUCAACAACAACAAACCUGAUAUUUAUCACAUAUAAGCAACUGCUCAUCUAAUUUCAUCCUAACCCCCACAUUUUCCUGCAUAUAAAAAAAAUCAAAUACAUUAAUAUUAAAGAAUCACAGUAAUAUAGGUUCGAAAAAAAAAAAAAAAAAAGAAUCACAGUAAUAUAAAAAUGGCUUCCAUCUAUAUAGUCGUGAAUCUCGUAUUCAACAUUCUAGUUUCCAUUUUCGUCAUUUCCUCGUCUCUAAAUUGCUCCAAGAAAACAUUCUCACCCGAAAAAACCUUCAACUCCUGCACCGACCUUCCGUAUUUAAGAGCCCAUCUUCACUGGAAUUACAAUCCAUCCCUCAAGAAGGUCUCAAUUGCAUACAGGUCCAAACAAACUCCAAGAGGGUGGAUUGCAUGGGGCAUCAACCCCACAGGCAUAGGCAUGGUCGGUUCACAAGCUCUCGUUGCUUUCCGUUACUCAAACGGUAGCAUGACUGUUUAUCCAACCUCAAUCACAAGCUACAACCCCUCUAUGCUACCCUCACAAAUCAGUUUUCUGGUCUCGAAUGUUUCUGCAGAGUAUAAAAAAAAUGAGAUGAUAAUAUACGCUGUUGUGGGCCCGCUUGAAAACGGGCCUGUUGUCAAUCACGUGUGGCAGUCCGGAAAUUCGGUUUCGAGCGGUAUUCCUCAGAUUCAUUCAACGUCGGAUCCGCAUCUUCAGUCAAUGGGAACAAUAGACUUCUCGGUUCAGCCUCGAUAAAAGCAUACCAUUUGAUGGAAUGUAAAAAUUAUGGUUUUUGAAUAAAAAGUGAAGCAACACACUGAUAAAUAAGAGCACCGUUUUUUUGUUUUUUGUUUUGUUUUCUCAAGAAGUAAUGGCUUAUUGUGGGUCAUGAAUGAGUUACAACGUUGUUGAUUAAUUGAUGGAGUUCCUCACUCUUCGAUUCUGUUACCGGUAA